ACCCUUCCCUUAUCACAGUGGCCAUAUUUGUGUUGCGGGCUGGACGAGAGUGACUUUUUUCCACGUUUUUCCUUGGAUUUCUCCCCCCCGAUGGCCUGUGGAACCUGAGCCGCCAAUGGAUUUACAAAUGAACCUUCACACGACGCCCCUCACGUGAAAUUACCUGCCAAAUACCUGCUGAAGCCCGGGCUGGGUGAGGUGGACGGUGAUGCCACCGCCGCCGCCGCCGCCUGCGCCCGGAGGGUUUCGGGGGCCGCCAGCCCCGCGUCCCCCCGCCCCGAAGUCCGGAGGGGACGACCGGGGGGCCCUGCUGGCCUCCAUCAGGGCCGGCGCCGCCCUCAAGAAGGCCGUCACCAACGACAGAUCCGCGCCCGCCAUCGAUGGCAAGAGCAAGCCGUCAACCAAUGGGGGAGGAGGAGGGGGAGGAGGAGGAGGAGGCCGGGGAGGAGGAGGAGGCGGGGGUGGGAUGAUGAACGGGGGGAGUCCUCAGCUGGGGGACCUCUUCGCCGGCGGGAUGCCCAAGCUGAGGCCCACGGGGAAGGGCAUCUCCACCUCCCCCAACCGGAGUGGCCCGCUGCUGCCCCCUGGGAGGAAGCCUGCCCCCAACAUUCCCACGCGAGACACCUCCUUCGACUCCCAGUACUCCACCAACAAUAACAACAACAACAGCAUACCGCCUAGUCCAAAGCCUAGUAGUAAGAGCAACCCUGCACCGCCCCCUCCACCCCCUGCCAACAUGAAGCCGGCCCUGCCUAGCGAGCGGCCUAACAGGGGUCCUCUACCGCCCCCACCCAUCAACAAGCCAGCGCCUCCUCGCCCGCCCAUGGACGACAGACCCGCACCGCCCUCCCCUGACGGAGCCUUUCACCCAGCACUCCCCAGUAAGCCAUCUGUAGUCAGUAAACCCAGUGUGGGCAACAAGCCAGCCCCCCCCAGACCUCCUAACGGGUCAAAGCCAACGCUACCACCCAAAAUAUCAAUACAGUCCAAUGGCGACUCUCUUUCUUCCAACAAGUCUGCCUCUCGGACCUUUAGUAUGAGGGAGCCCAGACCCUCAAGUGAGUUCAAGAACCACACCAGCUACUCGGCGGAGGACAGCCUGCUCCCCAACCGCACGCUUCCGCCCUCACACCACAAGAGCUCGCCUGGCGCCCCGCCCGUCAGGCCAUACACGGUGGGCCGCGCCACAGGGGCCAACAUCGCCCGCGUUAUGGCCCGGCCGCCCUCAGAACGGCCGCCGCCACCCCCCAGCCGCCCCACCGUGCCCCCGCCCAACCAACCGCCGCCGCCGCCUCCCAGUCGAGCAGCCGCUGCAUCAAAGCCCGAGCCCCCAGGCUCGGCCCCGCCCCCGCCGCCUCCCAACAGAGUCUCCUCGCGGCACUCAGGUAGUGAUUUUGAGAGCAAGUUCCAGUUCCACACUCUCCAUGACUUCCCUUUGCCUGUCACCUUCACGAACUGCCCCAAGACCUACCCCAGCAAGAACGAUAUUCCAUUUUAUCUUCACACUUCCUAUUUACAGCAACAAAAAAAGAACGUUUCACCUGAAGUCAAGCCAGCACCAAGUCAACGCAGGGCCCCACCUCCUCCCCCCGGCCCCAACCCCUCCACCACCUCCAUGUCCUCCGCCUCCUCCCAGUCCUCCCUUAACCGCUUCCCCACCCACACCCACACCUCCCCGCCACCCCCACCUCCACACGCCCCCAUCCAUUUACAAGUGGGUGCCAAAAUGUACGGCACUGAAGCAACCUCCAACUGCUAAGGUCUCUGUGGUGCUUGGCGAAGGGGUCCAGGAGUGUGUCUCUUGUGCCGCUCCCUCCUUGCUCUGCUGAGAGUGUGUGGUUGGGUGUAGUGCGUGUCCGCCUGCCUAUGCAAAGAGUGACACCCGCCGCACACGAGGGAGGAAGCAGCAACCAAGCGUCAAGAGCGAAAAAGAGACAGAGAUUUGAAAGGGAAACGCAGUAGCAAGAGCUGUUUUCCACUGGCUGUUGGUGAGCUGUAGUGUUGUUGACGGCUCGGUGGAAGGAGAGGAGCCUUGUCUGCGAAAGUGUUGGGCCUGUUUAGCCAGAGGAAAUGACGGCUGCAGCGUAUCCACUCUACCUAUACCGUGUGCGAGAAAGGACUCACGCAUCGGCACUGUGUGAAAGUGCAAAGGUAGACUGUAUAGAAGUGCCUUUUGUAUCAUACCACAUACCCUUUGCUCUUCAUAAACUCUCCUUGAGGCCGAGUACUGACCCAUUAACACUUCUCUCUCUUGUUACCAGUGUGAUAACUUGAGUCAGGGUGGCGGAAGGGAUGGUUAACAGUGGAGUGUGUGCAAUAUUUACUAGCAUGCCGAUUGCCUGGGCCAGACGACAGCAGCGGGGGUUAGCAGGAGCCGCCGGGCAUCGGGGAACCGAGGAACCAUCUUCCAAAAUGAUAACUUCCAUGAGUGCCAAGUUCCACUUUUUUUUUUUUUUUUUUCUUGUGUAAAUAUUGUUGAUGUUCAUGCAAUUAUCUGCUCACAUUUUGUAAACCAUUGGGGUGUUACGCCAAAAAAUUAAACAAAACCUAAAUAAAAAUAAGUAUGAGUGCGAGGGUGACCGAGUGCAAGACAGCUCCGAGAUGUUGAUGAGGCUGCCGAUGAGUGACGUGGGAGACACCGAGUUAUGAAGCAGUUCUUGAAAUGUUCCUUGUUACUUAAUAAUUGGGUAUCAUUCUGGUCCUUUUAUUCACGUUGUGUUUUGUGCUUGACUGCAUAGGAUUGGUUUAUUUUUAUAUGAAUCUGUUACACGAGCACUCGAGCCUAGUUCAGUUGCCCGUGAGGUCUGGAUAAUCAGCUGCCUAGUACGGUGUCAAGCUAUGUUGAGGAAGUAAUGUGUGUGCCAUGGUUUUGUGAUGGAUUAUAUGACAUAUUUAAUAAUUAUAUUUUAUGUUGCUUGGUCACUGGGGCUGGAGACCUUUGGUAGAUCAGAGAACUAUUUUCAGUUCAGGAAACAACUGGAAAACAAAGCCAUUGAAAGAAAUUGACUUGCGAGAAUAAUAUAACCUAAAUGUUCCUGAUUAUUUUCAAUUGAGACAUCGUUCUCUUGGAUGGUAAUUCCUUCCACUAAAUGUUGAUUUGUUUUGAGAAGUGAUUUACAUACAUUCCUUGUAGUAAGGGUGCCAGCUUUUCUUUUCGCUGCAUUAGUCACUCACGCUAGAAGUUCACUGGCUCAACUUAUUCUUGUGAUCACCUUUCAUUUCCAUAACAGUACUUCUUGUAGGUGUGAGGAAAGAACCCUUGGAUGGAUGAAGCUUUGUGAUCUGGGUAACAUAUCAAAGCUACCGCCAGUCAUUCAGACGGCGGAGGGAAGGUCUUGUGUGUGGGAGAGAGUCUGGACCCCGGAAGAGACUGUGGACUGGUCAGAUGUUGCGCAGGCCGUCCAUGACCCUCUUUACUAGAUGUUCCGGGAGCAGCCAGUGCCUUGAGACAGGGGCGGGAGGGGCCGUGGGUGUCCCUGAGGCUCCCACCGCCCUCCCGCCCCAACCCUUCUUCACUAGUUCAUGCCAGCUCUUCAGGAGUGCUCAGUCCUUCAUGCCCUCACUGCUCCUGUUUUCUUUGCCCCAUUAUUUAUCAUAUUCACAUAAUUCAUUGUUUAUACUUAACAGUAACUAAUAAUUUCAUUUGAUAUAAAAAAGUACCUAUUUUUCGUAGCCGUGUUAGAUAUAUGUUAACCUUGUCCCUUCCCUGAACCUGGUUUGUUCUGGGGGACGGAAUUCUGUACUGUAUUUAUUAUUAGCUGACAUGACCUGUCCAUCGGCCACACCGCGCGCUGAGCCGCAGCAGCGCCGCCGAUGCCUGUACACUCUAGUCUCACGGUGGGUGGCGCUCCGUCAGCCCUCAACUUACCCUUCGUCCCUGGCCCUCACCUCUCAUCACCUCAGUCAUAUGUGGCUUACUCAGACCUUCAGUAUAUUGAGUCUCCCUUAAAUAUCUUCUAUCCACUUAUAAAUAAAACCUAAAAAAUAAAACGUCUCCAUUUUUUUGACUAGUAAACAUUCUUUUGUAUUGAAAUACUUGCUACCCCUGUUGUCCUUCACUGCAUCAAUAUUAGAAUUUGCUCUGAUUAAUUCCAAUUAAUUAAUAAAUGUUUUUGUUGAUUGUUUAUUCAUUCAGUUGAUGCUAAUAAUGGGAAAUAAUUGUGAUUUGCUUAGUUAUUUCCCAUGUUUUAGUUUGUUAUUGUAAAGCUCAUUCAUACACCAUGCUUCUGUCUAAUUUGUGAUUGAAAUUACACAAGAACAUUAUGUAGAGCAUAUUUCAAGUGACCACUGCAGAGGCACUGAGAUCCUGGACACACACACACACACACAAGCAGGAUCUCUGGCAGCCUGGAGGGGGGAGAGGCUGGGUGGGGCAGGCAGGGCGAGGCGCGGCGGCAGGCACCACCCGCACACCCUCACACACAGCCACGGGACAUGAGGUGCUGUGGGCCAGGAACACCAGCAAGUCCACAUCACAUUCCGGAGCGUCAUCCACGUCCUGUUGAUAUAAUUUGCGACUAAAAUGUUAAUUUGAUGUAUAUUAUUAGUUGUAAGCUUGUUGUUGAGGGUGGAUGGCUCCAGGAAUGUGAUGUCAGCUCAGGACUCGUGCAUCAUGUAACGCCACGGAUAAUGUUGGAUGUAACCUCAGCAAGACGAUGCCAGUUGUUGGAUUUUUUCGUCUAUAGUUUAUAUUUACGAGUGAAAGGAUUUAAUGAGAUAUUGUGAUUUGAAGGAGAGUUGGCACAGGAGAAUGUGGUCAUUGUUGAAAUCUAAACACCACCAACUUUGUCUUGUGAAAUUGGCCUCAGCUUGCAUCUAGAAAUGCCCCAGAGUUUAUAACGUUGAAAUAAGACUAAUCAGAAAAUAUCCAGGUACUCAAAAUUCAUAGGAAAUAUAUAUUUUUUUAGUGACUUGGAAAAUGAAAAUCAAAUGAUGAAGAAUUGAGAUGACCAGUGAGAAGUUUGUUAGUUAAUUGGAAAUAAAUACAAACAUGGAGAAUGUGGAGCCAGUGAGUGAGGAGGGUGGGUGUUUGGCUCCUGUCUGGCCCCACACUUGGCACCCCCAGUGCCACUAGUCUGUGAUUAUUUUGCCCGUCGGUGCGCUGUCCCACGAGCCCAGUGCACCUCUGCCCAGACCAGGACUUACUUAUCUUACACUUCAUUUACUGUAUGAUUUACACAUCAGUUUAAAUCAUCAUACAUUCAUCAGCUUAUGUAUUUAAUAUUGACUAUUUUAAUAAUCACUAUUUUGCCAGAUCAAAAGCUGUACAUAUAUGUAUAUAUAUAGCCUUUGGGAUUAGGUAAGAGCAUCCAUAUAUUAAAAGUUAUUAUUGUGUUAUAUUCAUAAAUACAAUACCGAAA